CGUACGUACAGGUAAAGUUGCAGCAUGGGCCUCGUGAUGCAGGCUCUCCUCCUGCCGUUGGCGUGGCUGCUGCUCCUCGCCGCGCCGGCGCCGGCGACGGCCGACGACCCCGGCCUCGCCGUCUACUGGGGCCGCCACAAGGAGGAGGGCUCUCUCCGGGAGGCCUGCGACACCGGCCGCUACACCACUGUCAUCAUCACCUUCUACAACGUCUUCGGCUACCACAGGGGCAGCUACGGCCUCGACAUCUCCGGCCACCCGGUCGCCGCCGUCGGCGCCGACAUCAAGCACUGCCAGUCCAAGGGCGUCACCGUGCUCCUCUCCAUCGGGGGGCAGGGCGGCGACUACUCCCUCCCGACCAACCAGUCGGCCACCGACGUCGCCGACAACCUCUGGAACGCCUACCUGGGCGGCCACCGCGCUGGCGUGCCGCGCCCCUUCGGCGGCGACGCGGCGGUGGACGGCAUCGACUUCUUCAUCGACCAGGGCGGCGCCGACCACUACGAGGACCUCGCGCGGAUUCUGAACGGCUACAACAAGCAGUACCGCGGCAGGGUGGGCGUGCUGCUGACGGCGACGGCGAGGUGCGCGUACCCGGACAGGCGGCUGGAGAAGGCGCUGGCGACGGGGCUGUUCGCGCGCAUCCACGUGCGGAUGUUCGGCGACGCGCAGUGCACCAUGUCGCCGAGGUACUCGUGGGAGAAGUGGGCGGCGGCGUACCCCGGCAGCAAGGUGUACAUCGGGCUGGUGGCGUCGCCGGAGCAGGACAGCGCGUGGAUGUUUCAGAAGGACCUCUACUACGAGAUGCUGCAGUUCGUCAGGAAGCUGCCCAACUAUGGAGGAAUGGCCAUCUAUGACCGCUACUACGACAAGAAGGCUAACUACACCGGUGAAGGUUAAUUAUUGGUCAUCUCGAUCUGUUCAUCGAUCUCAAUAAAAAUGACCCUCCUGUUUGUGACAUUGUUAUGGAGUAAUGGAUGAAUAAAAUGAGGUCCGAACAUGUUAUGAUGAGAUAGUAAGUAAAUUUACUGGCUCUGAUUGUACUGUGUCUGUUUGUGUUUCCCUGCUAUUUUAGCAUCUGAAUAUAAAAAUUAUUUGGGAGAUA